AUGUCACUUGUCUUUCCCGAUGGCCGCCAUAUCGUACGUCCCACUAUUCGUACAACAACCAACGUUCAACCAAUACUCUUACUACUACCAAGGCAUGUGUCCUCCAUCACAACCGCAAAACAACAACAUUCAAGGUACACCGGUGCACUCGCACAUCAUGGGACCAAUGGAAUCGAGCUCACAGCCAAAUCAACCAACGCAUGCAUACCCCACACAUGCAGUGUAUUAGCCGCAAACGCCGGUGUACAACCACGAAUACUAUUACCAAUACGAUCAAGGAUAUGCCGGCCCCUAUCACAUGUAGCAGGCAAUGGACAGUGGAGCACCUGCAUAUCUACACAUGGCACGGCUUAG